CGGCGGGAUGCGGCGGUGUCGGGGCGCGGGGCUGGCGGCGCUGGCCGCGCUGCUGCUCGUGGCUGCAGCCAGAGCCCAGGUCCAGCAGGAGCCACGGCUGGAGACCACCGAGAACACCGGCAUCAACAUCAGCUGCUCACAUCCCAAGAUACAAAGGACAGAAUUAAUCCAGUGGUACCGUCAGCUCCCGGGCCGAGGACCCGAACUGCUCGUGAGCGCUAACAAAGAGUCCAAAGAGCUGCCGGACAUUGCGGGCGGUCUGUGGGUGUCGGCAGAUCGCCGGAGCAGCGCGCUGUGGCUCCGGCGGCCCCGGCGCGGGGACGCGGCCGUGUAUUACUGCGCGCUGGGGGACACGGGCAGAGGAGCCGGGGCUGCGGCCGGGCACGAACCGCCGCGGGCGGGAGACACCGACAGAGACACCGGCAUUGACACCGACACCGGCAUUGACACCGAUAUUGGCACCGACAGAGACACCAACAGAGACACCGGCAUUGACACUGACUUCGCCAGAGACGCCGGCACCUACACAGCCAUCGGCACCGACACCGGCAGCUCUUGGAUUCACCGACCGCGUUCAGCCCCUCUUCUCAGCGCGGGUGCUCAUCUGAGGACAAAGCAUUGGGAGCUCAUGGGAAAACUACUUACCUGA